AUGUCAAGCGAAGAGAUGUUAUACGCAAAGGGUUCCAAGAUUUGGAUACCGCAUGCGGAGCAGGUCUGGGAGAGCGCCACGUUAGAGGAGAGCUAUCGAAAGGGCGCCGCUUUGCUGAAGGUCCAAACGGAGUCGGGUGCUCUCAAGGACAUUAAAGUGAAGCCGGAUGGAAGCGAUCUGCCGCCACUGCGUAAUCCGGCCAUAUUGGUGGGACAAAACGAUUUGACCACGUUGUCGUACCUACACGAACCCGGCGUACUCUAUAAUCUGCGUGUUCGCUUCUGUGAGCGCCAAAUUAUCUAUACCUAUUGUGGCAUUAUUCUGGUGGCCUUCAAUCCGUAUGCCGAUCUGCCGCUGUACGGACCCAACAUUAUACGUGCGUAUCGCGGACACGCCAUGGGCGAACUGGAGCCCCACAUCUUUGCCUUGGCCGAGGAGGCGUACACGAAACUGGAGCGUGAGAAUUGCAAUCUCAGCAUCAUUGUCAGUGGUGAAUCGGGAGCGGGCAAAACCGUGUCCGCCAAAUACGCUAUGCGUUACUUUGCCGCCGUCGGCGGCUCCGAGUCGGAGACUCAGGUCGAGCGCAAGGUGCUGGCAUCUUCGCCAAUCAUGGAGGCAUUUGGCAAUGCCAAGACCACUCGCAAUGACAAUAGCUCGCGUUUCGGCAAGUUCACCAAGCUGCUGUUCCGUAACCACAUGGGCGUCAUGUAUCUGCAGGGUGCCACCAUGCACACGUAUCUGCUGGAGAAGUCCCGGGUGGUCUACCAGGCGCAGGGCGAGCGCAACUAUCACAUUUUCUAUCAACUGUGUGCGGCACGUGCCAAGUAUCCGGAACUAGUGCUGGAACAUCAGGAUAAAUAUCAGUUUUUGAACAUGGGUGGCGCUUCAGAUAUAGAACGUAUUUCGGAUGCGGAUCAGUUUAAUGAAACGGUGCAGGCAAUGACAGUUCUGGGAUUUUCCAUACAACAAAUUGCAGACAUAGUUAAAAUACUCGCUGGAAUUCUUCAUUUGGGCAACAUUGAGGUGUCCAAGAAGUACAAGGAUGGCAAUGAGGAAGAGGAUACCGAAGCGUGUGAGAUUUUUCAAAACAAUAUGCAUCUGCAGGUGACAGCGGAUCUGCUGAGGAUCAACGCUGAUGAUUUGCGUCGCUGGCUAUUGAUGCGUAAGAUAGAGUCGGUCAAUGAAUAUGUGCUGAUACCGAAUAACAUUGAGAUGGCAAUGGCCGCACGUGAUGCACUGGCCAAGCACAUCUAUGCGAAGCUCUUUCAGUACAUUGUCGGUGUGCUAAACAAGAGCUUGAAUAAUGGUAGCAAACAGUGCAGCUUCAUUGGCGUCCUCGAUAUCUAUGGCUUCGAAACGUUCGAGGUGAACUCGUUUGAACAGUUUUGCAUAAACUAUGCAAACGAAAAGCUCCAGCAGCAAUUCAAUCAGCAUGUCUUCAAGCUGGAACAGGAGGAGUACCUUAAGGAAGGUAUCACCUGGACCAUGAUUGAUUUCUAUGACAAUCAGCCCUGCAUUGAUCUCAUCGAGACGCGACUCGGUGUGCUCGAUCUCCUGGAUGAGGAGUGUAGAAUGCCCAAGGGAUCUGAUGAGAGUUGGGCAGGCAAGCUUAUCGACAAGUGCAUCAAAUUUCCACACUUUGAAAAGCCACGCUUUGGCACCACAAGUUUCUUUAUUAAACACUUUUCGGACACGGUUGAAUACGAUGUGAAUGGAUUUUUGGAGAAAAACCGCGAUACGGUAUCCAAGGAGCUAACGAGCGUGAUGGCGCAAUCGAACAUGUCGCUGUGCAAACAGGUCAUGAUCCUGGAAGAGGUGGACACGCUGAGCACCGAUGCCAAUAAGAAUACCAGCACACUGGGCGGUCGUGUUGUCAUUAGUGCUAACCGCAAACAGCAACUCAACGAGACACGUCGAAGAGUGGUGCCAUCGAAGCAGCACAAGAAAACCGUGGGUUCCCAGUUCCAGGAGAGUCUGGCCUCGCUGAUCUCCACGUUGCAUGCAACCACACCACAUUAUGUGCGCUGUAUUAAACCCAACGAUGAAAAGAUUGCCUUUAAGUGGGAGACAACAAAGAUUAUUCAACAGCUGCGAGCCUGUGGCGUCUUGGAGACGGUGCGCAUCUCAGCAGCUGGCUUCCCAUCGCGCUGGCUUUAUCCAGAUUUCUAUAUGCGCUAUCAGCUGCUGGCGUAUCGCAAUCAAAUCGACAAGAGCGACAUGAAACAAUCGUGUCGCAACAUUGUGCUCAAGUGGAUCCAGGACGAGGACAAAUACCGAUUUGGCAACACACAAAUCUUCUUCAGAGCUGGCCAGGUUGCCUAUCUGGAGCAGGUGCGCGCGAAUCUGCGCAAGAAAUACAUAACCAUUGUGCAGUCUGUAGUGCGUCGAUUUAUUAAGCGACGACGCUAUCUAAAAUUGCAAGCCAUUAUCUCUGGUGUUCAACGCCAUGCCCGUGGCUAUUUGGCCCGGGCACGAGCCCAGAAAAUGCGUGAGGUGCGAGCAGCUCUCAUCUUGUCCAAGUAUGCUCGAGGUUGGCUUUGUCGACGUCGCUAUUUGCGUCUGUGCCACUCGGUUGCGGGCAUACAACAAUAUGCCCGUGGCAUGCUUGCUCGCACCCGAUUCUUUGCCAUGAGGGAUUACUAUCGGGCUGUGCAGAUACAGCGCUUUGUCCGCGGUGUCCUCGCACGUCGCGCCUAUCAGAAACGGCGCCGGAGCAUCAUCAUUUGCCAGGCGGCGGUGCGACGCUUCUUGGCGCGUCGCCAGUUCAAACGGAUGAAGGCCGAGGCAAAGACGAUCUCGCAUAUGGAGAAUAAAUAUAUGGGGCUGGAGAAUAAGAUAAUAUCAAUGCAACAGCGCAUUGAUGAGCUUAAUCGGGACAAUAGCAAUCUGAAGCACAAGACGAGCGAAAUUAGCGUUUUGAAAAUGAAGCUGGAGAUGAAAAAGAACUUGGAGUUUGAAUUUAAAAACAUUAAAGCCGCCUGCCUAGAUAAGGAUAAGCUCAUAGAGGCUUUGAAUAAGCAGCUUGAAUCCGAGCGUGAUGAGAAAAUGCAAUUGCUGGAGGAAAACGGUCAUUCCCAAGAGGAUUGGUGCUCCCAAAAGCAGAUGUGGUGCAUGGAGAACGAAGAAUUGCGUCGACAAGUUGAUUCCAUGAUUGAAAUGGCUAAGAAUUCCGAGGGCAACCAAAAGGAACGUGAAGAACGCUUGUUGGCCGAAAUCGACAACAAGGAGCUCAAUGAAGCAUAUCAGCGUGCCAUCAAGGACAAGGAGGUGAUCGAAAAUGAGAACUACUCACUGAAGGAGGAACUGAGUCGCAUGCAGCAGCAUCACAAUGGACUCAGCUCCUUUGGCAUGCGACAUGCUCGAUCCGCCAGCAAUGCAUCCAGUCAGAACGACGAGGACAUUGGCUAUGGAUCGGCAAAGAACACGCUGGACAUUAACAGACCACCGGAUUUGAUCAACAAGAGCGAUUCGUUCUUUGAUAGCACCAGCAUUGUGGUCAAGUUGCGCUCCAUACUCGAGGAGGAGAAGCAGAAGCACAAGUAUUUGCAGGAGCAGUAUGUUAAGUUAGCCAGUCGCAAUAAGCCCACUGAGGAUUCGUUCCGCGUCUCGGAGCUUGAAGUAGAGAACGAGAAACUCCGCAGCGACUACGAUCAGCUGCGAACGAGCAUUAAACACGGUGUUGAGAUCAACGAGCUCAAUGCGCAACAUGCCGCACUUCAAGAGGAGGUGCGUAGGAGGCGGGAGGAGUGCAUCCAGCUGAAGGCGGUCUUGUUGCAACAGAGUCAGACACUGCGAUCCUUUGAUCCGGCCAAUGACAGCGGCAAUGUCAAUGAACUGAUGGAGGCAUUCCAAUCACAGAAGCUGGUCAACAGGCAAUUGGAAUCUGAACUCAAAGCCAUCACGGAGGAGCACAACAGCAAGCUGGUGGAAAUGACACAGGCCAUUGAGCGACUCAAUCUGGAGAAGGGCGAUCUCCAGGAGGUGUUAUUCAAGAGCAUCGAUGAGUUUGAUCAAGCCAAUGUGGAUACACUGAAGCAGAACGAUCGCUAUUUACGCCUGGAGCUGAAGAAGGCCAUAACACAGUAUUUGCUGGUGCAGGAGGAGCUCAAACUGGCCAAUGCCAAGCUGUCGGCAUACAGGCAGGACGGUGGCAAGCUGGAAAACAAGCUGGAGGAGGAAAUGAUACGCAACAAGGUGGCCAACAAUAGCACCGAUGUGGGCGCCAAUGUUGCCAAACAAAAGUCCCAGAAUCCAUUGGGCCUGAUGAAGUUCCACAACAGUGAUCUCGAUAAAAUCUUGCAGCGUCUGCUAAGCAAUCUACAGCCACGCACCGUAGUUGGACUACUUCCCGGAUUUCCAGCCUAUCUCAUUUUCAUGUGUAUACGUUACACCGAUUUAACCAAUUCUGAGGAUGAUGUGCGUGAACUGCUGAGUAAAUUUGUAAUGCAAAUUAAGAAGAUGCAUCGAACACCACAUCCUAUUGAGAACCGUGUUAUUUGGCUGGUCAACUCUAUAACGCUAUUAAAUCUAUUGAAACAAUAUGGAGAUGUUGAGGAAUACGUUAAAUUCAACACGGAAAAACAGAAUCAACAGCAAUUGAAGAACUUUAAUCUGUUUGAAUAUCGACGCGUAAUACUCGAUCUCAUUGUGAAUCUAUACCAAGCAUUAGUAAUGCAAAUACAGGGACUAUUAGAUCCUAAGAUUGUGCCAGCAAUAUUGAACAACGAUGAGAUUCAACGGACUCGUCAUCCGCAUGGAAUGCGCAAUCGCAACAUGGAUGCCACAUCAUCCCCCGAGCACGGCAAUAUUCCGGCAUGGAAGCAAUUGAUUGGCCAGCUGGAACACUUUUAUAAACAAUUCCAGCACUUUGGUCUCGAUGCUGUCUAUGCUGAGCAGAUAUUCAGUCAACUGUUAUACUUUGUUUGCGCCGUCGCAUUAAAUUGUUUAAUGCUACGGGGCGACAUUUGUAUGUGGGAGACGGGCAUGAUAAUACGCUAUAAUCUUGGCUGCAUUGAGGAUUGGGUGCGCGAUAAAAAGAUGUCAAAUGAUGUGUUAUCUCCGCUGGCGCCACUGAAUCAGGUAUCUCAGUUGCUGCAGUCGCGCAAGAGUGAGGAAGAUGUGCAAACUAUUUGCGAUCUGUGUACAUCGUUAAACACCGCGCAAGUGUUGAAGGUUAUGAAGUCAUAUAAACUGGAUGACUACGAGAGCGAAAUAACCAACGUUUUUCUGGAUAAACUUACCCAGAAAUUGAAUGCACGCCAAAUGGCCAAGAGCGAUGAGUUUACAAUGGAUCAAAAGUUCAUACAUCCCUUCAAGGUAUUAUUCAAGUACAGCGACAUUAAAUUGGAGGAGAUCGAGUUGCCGUCUCAUUUAAAUCUGGACGAAUUCCUCACAAAAAUCUAAAUAUUGUAUAGCGUUUGUGUUGAGUGACCAUUAAUUGAUCGUUGCCAUUUGACUUCGUUGCAUUAUUGUUUUUAAUAUUAAGUAAUUCCCAAUAUAGUUUGACUAUUUAAAUUAAAAAAAAAAAAAUAUUAGCAAAAUGUUAAUAAUAUAGCAAUUGCUUAACCGUAGUUCCUGUUUAGUUUAAAGCAAAACAAUUAAAUUACUGACCUAAAACAAACUCCCUUGAAUCCAAUUGGUUUGAAACCAAUGCAAUAUUUAAAAUUUAUUGUAUGUUUACGUGUGCCGGGAGUAAGACUCUCAAAAACAAAAAAGAAAGCAAAGCAUUCCUAAGUUGCAAUAAACAUAAACCUUAUGUACCUUAAAUUAUAUACAAAAU